AUGUGGCUCUACCUGGCAGUCCUCCUGGGCCUGUACUACCUUCUGCACUGGUACAGGGAAAGGCAGGUGGUGAGUCACCUGAGAGACAAGUACGUGUUCAUCAUGAGCUGUAACUCACGCUUCAGGAACCUGCUGGUGAGACAACUGGACGCACAAGGCUUGCGAGCUGCAUGUAGGACAGAGAAGGGGGCCGAGCAGCAGGGCCAGAUUUCAGACAGGCUGGAGAUGGUGACCAUGGACAUCACCAAGACAGAGAGCAUUGCUGCAGCUGCCCAGUGGGCGAAGGAGCGUGUGGGGGACAGAGGACUCUGGGGCCUGGUGAAUAACGCUGGCAUCUGCCUGCCCUCCAGCUGCAAGGAGUGGUUGAUGGAACAGGACUUUGUGACCAUACUGUUGGGGGUGAUUGAUGUGACUCUGAACCUGCUGCUAAUGAGGAAGGCCAGGGGCUGUGUGAUCAACCUCUCCAGUAUCGCGGGGCAGGUUUCACUUUUUGGUGGAAGCUACUGCAUCUCCAAGUACAGUGUGGAAACCUUCUCCGACUCCCUCUGGAGGGAACUCUCCUACUUUGGGGUGAAGGUGGCUAUGAUUGAGCCUGGCUAUUUCAAGACUGCUUUGACCAGUAAGGAGAGAUUCUUAAAGAGCUUCCUGGAGAUUUGGUACCAGUCCAGUCCAGAGGUCAAGGAGGUCUACAGCGAGAAGAUUCUUGCAGUCUAUAAGAAAUUUGCUGAACAAUUGGAACAGAAGUGCACACAGGAUCUCUCCUUGGUGACCAACUGCAUGGAGCAUGCGCUGAUUGCCUGCCACCCCUGCACUCACUACUCAGUUGGCUGGGAUGCCAAGCUUCUCUACCUCCCCAUGAGUUACAUGCCCACCUUCCUGGUGGAUGCCAUUAUCUACUGGGGUUCUGCACACCCAGCCACGGCUCUAUGAAGCCAAGGCUUGGGUGCAUGGUUGCAUGGAUUUGGGGUGUGCUAUGAGGGGUGUUGUAUCCUUGGGAGAGAAAUAAAGUGGAGGGAGAGAGCUGUCAGGUCAGUAGGGCACCAAUCCUGCCUCCUUCAUUACC